CAACGCGAUGCCUUGAGUGACCCUCAACGCCAGCGAUUAACAAGCCCACCAUUCCCUCGGAACUCAUACACCACAUCAACGAACCUCUGCACAUCAACGCGUCAUGGAUUUCGCCCCGUACCAAUCCGAGUCCCCGGACACCUCCCGCCGGAGCUUAAACCUCAACCGACCGCUAUCACCCCCGGCGGCCAGCAACCCCUCAUACUCACCAUUAAACCUUCCGCCGACCACAGGCCCGCCGCCGUUACUGCCGACUCACAACCAGUCCGGAGGAUGGGCGAGUGCCCGCGAUACCAUCAACCAAUUUGAGACCAGUUUGCCGAUAAGAUUGGAUUGGGAGGCGGUUAUGGCUUACGUGCUACUCCCGCCCGCGGGAGGCGUGCUGCUGCUUAUUACGGAGCAUAAGAGUGACUAUGUUAGGUUUCACGCGUGGCAGAGCUCGCUGCUGUUUGCGUUUAUGGUCGUCGUACAUCUCGUCUUUUCGUUCUCGGCGUUCUUGAGUUAUACGCUACUUGUCGUGGAUAUCGUGAUGAUACUGUACUUGAGUAUGAGGGCGUAUCAGGAUGCGGACACUCUCGAUAGGUGUGAGGUUCCAUUCUUUGGGCCACUUGCGAGCUCUAUUCUGGAUGACGAAUAGCUAGGCUAGGCUGCGGGAGGAGGAAGGAUAUGUGGGAGGCAGUAAUGAUGUGUAUAUUAUAUCCGGGGAGGGGACGGGCUGUGGUUGUGUUUUGCGUGUUUGCUUGCGGCUAUUCGUUGGCGUCCGUCAUGAUCAUUUCUACAGAUUUUACGACUUGCUUGCUUGGGUGGAAUAAUUUCUUCUUCGUACAUGAUCUUGAAGAAAUCAUUAGAAUAUUCACCCAUGGGAAUGCACUUCGAGUGGUGAUCUUUAUGCUCG